GGCGGCAUGAGAACCAGCUGGCCCCACCGGCGCUUGGGUCAGGGACACCCCAGUUACAAGUGCGCCCUGGGAGACAUCCAUCGACCAGGGCCCGUGAGAGGCUGAAGCAGAGGCUGCUGCAGAAGCUGAGGCAAAAACGCAAGGUCCUGAUGGAACGCAGAAGGAUGAUCAUCCAGAACAUCCCUGACUUCUGGUCUAAAGUUAUAUCACCCAUCAUCUGUGAUAAGGAUGAAGACAUUCUUAGCUGCAUGACCAACCUAGAGGUGGCCAAACUCAAGCAUCCCAGGAAGCGCUUCAAGAUCAGGUUGUUCUUCCGCAGCAAUCCCUACUUCUCUAACACAGUGAUUGUUAAGGAAUAUCGAGCUAACCUCAAUGGGUAUAGAGCAUAUCGUUCCUCUCCAGUUAAGUGGCUUCAGGAUUAUAUGGGUGAAGCUCCAAGGCGGAUGGAGUAUAACAACAGUGUCAGUAUUUUCAACUGGUUUGUGGACCACAACUUCGUAGACUCUAGCAGGAUUGCUGAGAUAAUCUACAAGGAUAUUUGGCUCAAACCCCUGCCAUAUUACCUUGGGACUCAGGUAUCUGAAGAUGGAAUGGAGAAAGGUGAUGAGCAGCCUGUCACCUUGGGUAAGAGCUUGUGUGUAGGGACAUGGUCCCUUAUUUCCCAAACGGUGUACCUGAGGCUUAGUGGAGACAAAAGGGAUUCACAAAACUCAGGUCAGCCUUGGUAUCAGAGUGAAGCAGAUUUGGGGAGAAGUAUGAUGCAAAAUUGUUCAUGA